GUAGACGCAAAUUAGAGAAAGACAGAUUAUAUCGAAUGGAUUGGAAGAUUGCCUUUAACAGACUACAGGUUCGAGAAUUAAAUCGGCUAUCUCAAGCCAGUUUUAAGAGUUCUGGCGAUAAAAGUGUCUCUAACUGUGGAUCAUCGAUGAAAACCGGUAACAGUAAUGACACAAUGUUAUCAUUAUCAGGACAAAUCUUUACACAAGUAGCUGUAUUAGACGGACAACUAGUAGCUAUAAAACCUAUACUGAAACCUUUCCUAGCUGUUACAACAGAUGUCAUUGUGGAAGUCAAUCGUAUACGCAGUUUGAAAUAUAAGACCAUAAACCAAUUGAUAGGAGCAUGCGUGGAGCCACAGAAGAUCUGUUUAAUUUGGGCCUACUGUGGCAAAGGCAGCUUACAAGACGUAUUACAGAAUGAAAAUAUCAAGUUAGAUUGGAUCUUUAAAGUUUCAUUUAUAAGUGAUAUCGUUAGGGGUAUGACAUUUUUACACGACUCACAAGUUGAAUGUCAUGGUCGAUUGAAGUCAUCAAAUAUUCUUGUAGAUAAUCACUGGUGUUGUAAAGUAGGCGAUGUUUUAAUGCCCUUAUUUAGAGCUGGCGAAAGGACAUCUGUUUUAGGACAACAUCAACAGAACUGCAAUAAAUUAUGGACAGCACCAGAAAUUUUGCGUGAUCCAACAACGCAUAUUCGUGGGAAUAAAAAAGGCGACGUUUAUUCUUUUGCUAUUAUUCUCCAAGAGAUUAUAUUAAGAACAGGACCAUAUGGUAACGAAGCUACAGAUCCGGACGAAAUCAUUGAAAGAGUAAUUACCGGAGAAUGUCCGCCCUACCGCCCUUCUGUUCCCAGUGGUUUGGUAGCAGAUGCUAUAACAGAUAUCAUGAGGUCGUGUUGGGAGGAGAACCCACUACAAAGACCACCCUUUUCACUGAUAGGAGAAAGCUUAAGAAAAGUGAACAAGGGAAAAACAACUAAUAUUAUAGAUCAGAUGAUACAUAUGCUAUCUAAAUAUGCUGAUCAUUUAGAAGAUCUUGUUGCUGAUAGAACACGGCAAUUAGAAGAAGAACAAAGAAAAACAGACGAACUCUUGUGCAGAAUGCUUCCAACAACAAUAGCCAAUGAUUUAAAACGUGGUAAAACUGUAGAACCAGAUUAUUUUGAGGCCUGUACGGUCUUUUUCAGCGACAUUGUGGGUUUUACAAGAUUAGCAGCCAAUAGUACUCCUUUAGAGAUAGUUGAAUUCCUAAAUGAUCUGUACACCACUUUUGAUAAUAUCAUAGAUUUAUAUGACGUAUAUAAGGUUGAAACAAUAGGCGAUGCCUAUAUGGUGGCUAGUGGACUUCCGGUACGUAAUGGUAACCGACAUGCUGGUGAAAUAGCAACAAUGGCUUUAGAUUUACUAGCUUCUAUGUCCAUAUUUACUAUCAAACAUCGACCAGAUAGAACUCUACAACUUAGAACUGGCAUGCAUUCAGGUCCCGUAGCAGCCGGGGUUGUAGGUCAGAAAAUGCCUAGAUAUUGUUUAUUUGGUGAUACUGUUAAUUAUGCUAGCAGAAUGGAAUCUUCUGGUCUGGCUUUACGUAUCCACGUCAGUCCAGAAUGUAAAGGAGUAUUGGAUGAACUAGGUGGAUUCCAUUUAGAGAGUAGGGGAGAAGUUAUAAUGAAGGGCAAAGGUAGCAUAGCGACUUUCUUUCUCAUAGGAAAAGAUGGCUUCAAUAAAGAUUUGCCACCACUCUACUUACAGGCACCAUUAUCAGAACAUAACUUUAAAUAAUAGUUUAUACAAUCAAAUAAAUCCAGAGGAUGCAUGUGGACAGUUAAGAACACAUCAACGGUUAGCCAUAUAGUAUAAUAAACUAUGACGAGAAUGCUUAAUUCAGUGGAAUGUGUGAAUUUACAUAUGUUGCAAAUAAUUCUAGUAUAUAAUGUCUGUGAAUGAGGUGUAGCCGUUAAUUUUACAUCAGAAAGUAUUUUAUUUAAAAUAACGUUGGCCCAGAAUUGAUUAGAUAAAGCUUCGGCACAGUUGAGCUUCUAGUAGUAGUACAUUAGAAUAAGAACAAUAAAAAUAUACAUGAAAUACUAACUCUCUUGUGCCCAAAUGCCUGCUGGGUACAGAUUGGACCUGUUCUAAAUAUUGUUUCGCUCUGUGAUUGCUGAUCUGACUGUCUUGUGUGUGCAGCAGAAACAAUUGAAUGAAUUCGGAAUAGUUAAUCAUGUCCGGGUAUGUAUAUGGGAAGGCAUCUUUAAAAAAAAUGUUUUUGUUGUUUGUGGACCAGCUGUUUUUGAUUACUUCGUUGAGUUUGUGGAAUAUGUUUUGCUUUAUAAAUUAUUCAUCAAGCCUUCCCAUUACAAAUGAGAUUACACAGAACCUGACGCUGGGAACUGAUUUAAAGAUGUUAAUUGUGUAUUAAAUGUUGGAUAUUCGUGGUUUUAAUGUCGAAGACUAUGGAUUAUUGAGUUGGUGGGUUAGCUCCUUUAAGCCUCAGUGAGAUUAAACCAUUUAU